ACGUUCUUCAAUGAAUUUUCUCCGUUGUUUUUAUGAUUCCAUCCUACCUGUCGGUUGCGUGCUCAGUUUACCCAAUGGCGUAAAUCAUAUGUUGCGUUCAAGCAUUCAUCGUCAUUACGCUUCCAACAGAUACACGUUGCGCUCCACUCGUUGCGGAUGCUACAUGAAGAAGCUUACGAUAGAUAUGUCUGUUGUUUACGCGUUUAAACAUAUCCAACAAUCUAAUUUAUACCGAGAGUAUACGCGGUGUGAUCAAUUUUAAAUUCACAAUUUGACAUUUUCAGCAUUUAGUCUGGUUGUGAUCAUUGUCUUCACCAAAUAUCGCUCUUCUUCCUAGUUCCAAAUAUAUUAAAUUGAUUCGUAUUUUCAUCGAAAUGAAUUUUUUAAAUCAACGUGUAAAAUAUUGUUGUUAUUGCAUAAAUUUGAAAUUGUCAGCCAUCAUACUUGGUGUUGUUAAUAUCUGCUUCAAUAUCUACGAGCUGAACACCGCGAUCAAAUACGGAAUCAUAGACUUUCACUUUUUGCAGGUCGAUGCCGUUGAAUUGAAACCAUUUGUAUGCGCUUCAUUUUUCAUCAGUAUUCUUUCAAAUGUACUAUGGCUUUGGGGCAUUUUCGAUGAGAAGCCAAUGAUAAUGUUACCUGAGAUAAUGUUGUCAUUAGUGUUCGUGUUUUUCUUCGGUUUUUACGUUACAAUUUAUUUGAUUUUAUUAGCACCUUCAGGAGAAGGUUGGGAGAUAUAUGGAUGGUAUAUCGUUAUAUUCAAUCUUAUUGUCGGAGUGCUAAUGAUUACGUAUGUGUUUUAUCACUUUUGGGUCGUAAGAUUUUCAUUGUAUCAAUCAAUGCGAGAAGCGAUCGCCGUGAGAAAUGAGGGGACCAUAAUGCAGAAUUUAUACAGCGUUUAAGGAAAACCUAUUCAUUAUAAUUAAUAUAUUCGAAGAACAAUGUGUAAUAGAGCGUCGGCUCUUAUCGGCAUACACAUUCUAACGCAAAUUCAUGAACAUGAAUGACGGUGCCUUAAUAUAUGGAUGAAAUUAUGUGAUGUUAUUUACACGAUCUCUACAAAAAGUACACGAUUAUCACCGGAGAAAUGUAUACGGCAGGAGAAAAGUAUCAGUGUUUUAAAUUGUGUGGAAAACAAUAAAGCAGUUACCAAAUUUCGAA